CCACCUUUGAUUUCAGUUUACUACUUAACACUCAACAGUUACAGUACUUAACCAAGGCCAAACACUGACUCAGCAGAAUGGAGCACAGACAUGAUGUGGGUUUGGAGGAGCUGUGUCCAGUGUGUGGAGAUAAAGUCUCUGGUUACCAUUACGGUCUGCUCACCUGUGAAAGCUGCAAGGGUUUUUUUAAAAGAACGGUCCAAAACAACAAGAAGUACAUCUGUGCAGAAAAGCAGGACUGCAGAAUUGAUAUCACUCAAAGAAAACGGUGUCCAUUCUGCAGAUUUCAAAAGUGUCUUCAUGUUGGCAUGCGACUGGAAGCUGUUCGAGCAGAUCGGAUGCGAGGUGGCAGAAACAAGUUUGGCCCCAUAUACAAGUGUGAUCGUGCCCUCAAGCUGCAGAGAAAGGCUUUGAUUCAAGCUAGUGGAUUCAGACUAGACAGCAACCCAGCUCUGGUCUCCUCAACCCACCAGAGGGACUUGACCUUCACUGGUGACCUCCAUCUAGCACCCAUACUUCACAGCACCCCACUGCCCUCAACACAGAACAGUCAUAUGAGCUACCAGCCUCCAUCACUGUGUUCACUCCUGCCAUCCAGCUCACGUGGUGCCACACAGUACCAGUGUACCUCCCUCUCAAAUUGGACCAUCAGGUCAGAGCACAUUUACAACUGUGCAAGUUCACCCGGCUUUACUGCAGGAAUCAACUCAGGCAAGAUAUACUUGAGACCUUUCUCUCCACAAGGCCCCGGGAUGCCUCAGCUGAUGAUAGAGUUAUUGCACUGUGAUCCAGAUGAGCUACAGCUGCAGACUCAGAUCACUGCUCGUCUCCUGCAGGAGCACAUGAGCUGGGAGAAACAUGGAAACCCUAGCACCUUCAGCCUGAUGUGCCUCAUGGCUGAUCAGAUGCUUUUCUCCAUUGUGGAGUGGGCUCGCACAUCCGUCUUCUUCAAACAACUCAAGUUGAAUGACCAGGUGAAGUUGCUGCACAGCUGCUGGAGUGAACUGUUGCUCCUGGACAUCAUCUCCAGGCAGGUCCUGUGUGGCAAAGAGGGCAGUCUGCUCCCGUUCACUGGGCAGGAGAUGGAGCUGUCUGACAUGGCUUCACAUGCUGGUCUUACCUUGGCCAGCCUCGUCCAGAGAGGGCAGGAGCUGGUCGAGAAGCUCCACAUCCUAAAGGUGGACCGCCAAGAGUUUGCCUGCAUCAAGUUCCUCAUCCUCUUUAACCCAGAUGUGACACCACUCGAAGACCAUCAGUUAAUAGAGAGUGUGCAGGAGCAGGUUGAAGGAGCCCUGCUCGAGUACACACUGUGCACAUCCUCUCACCCUCCUGGACACUUUGCUCAUCUGCUGCUUUGUUUGUCUGAGUUACGCUGUCUCAGCUCCUUCGCCGAAGACUACCUGUAUUGCAAACACCUGAGUGGUGAGGUGCCCUGCAACAACCUGCUCACUGAGAUGCUCCAUGCCAAGCACAGCUGGGCGUGAAGACUCAGAGCCUCUUCAAUUUUCUUCACAUUAGCAUACAAAGGCAUUAAGUUCUGAUCAGUGUCUAAUACAAUGAGAUUACACUUGAUAUUUUUUGUGCUUUAAAACUGAAUUUUAGUAAUAAGUUAUACAAUAAAACUAGAUUG